AUGUCGCAAGGCGAUGUGGUCAAGCAUGGGGGUGUCGAAGGCACAAAGCUUGCAUGUCGCAAGGCGAUUUGGCUAGGCACGGGGUGCCAAAGGCGACACAAGGCUUGCAUGUCGCAAGACGAUGUGGCUAGGCACGGGGUGCCGAUGGCGACACAAAGCUUGCAUGUCGCAAGCUUGGGUAGCUUGGGGUUUGGUGAGGCUUGUGGCCCUUUUACACGGCCCUUGCCGUUCGGCAAGGAGCAUAGGCCAAGUCUCACGGUGGUCCGAGGAUCUUCGAGUAUUGGGCACCGAGUCUGCAGCAUUACCCUUGCCGAACGGCAAGGGUGGCUUGGGAGCCUUUUUGGAGGCAUUCUUUGCUCCUUUGAUCUAGGUCCUUGGUCUAUCAGCAAGAGUGAAGGUCGCGAAGCCCAACGCCAACUGCAUGUUGGAUUCGUCGUCUCACUGUUUCAGUGCCUAACAGCUAAAACAAGCGAGUCUUUUCGUGAGAAGAUUUUUCAUGGUUCCUACCGUUCAGCAAGGCUGAAGGUUGUGGGGGCAUUCGGCAUCGGCAAGUCUCGGCUUUGGCAGCAGAAAGUCUCGGCUCGUGUUGUCACGGCUCUAGCAAGGGGUCUUCUCCGGUUCAGCAAGGUCAAAAAAUGGAGGUUUCAACCAAGUGUGGCAAGCGCUGUGUAG